AUGGAGGAGUCUCAAGCUAAGAUGGAAGCUCCAGCUUUCCUUUACGACACCUUACCCGCACUAUCCUUCUCAGACUCGAAUCAAUCGCCGACGUCGAAUCAGUCUCCGGCAACGCUCGGCGAUUCUCACUUCUACUCCGUUUUCCGCAACGACAUCGCCGAUCUCACCGUCGACACCACGCCGGUGGAAUCAGAGACGGUGGAUUUCUUAUCGCUGGACGUCGACGACGCCGGAGCGACUGAGAACGGCGGCGGAUUUGUAACGCCGGUCGUGGCGUCGAAGAAGAGUAGAAAGAGGAAGAAAGGCAAAGAAGCUGAGGAGCCCAGAUUAGAGACUAACAACUGGUUUAGUGAGAGCAGCUUCUCUAAAAUCCCAAUGCUUCAAUUGCAUAAAGAGAUAGUAGAUUUCUGCGAUUUCUUGUUACCAACACAAGAAGAGAAAGCGCUGCGUGAUGCAGCAAUGGACAAUGUUAGAAGUGUUAUUCAAUAUAUCUGGCCGAAUUGCAAGGUUGAGGUUUUUGGAUCAUACAGGACUGGACUUUAUCUUCCAACAAGUGAUAUUGAUGUGGUCAUUUUGGAAUCUGGUAUCACUAAUCCUCAACUAGGUCUACGAGCACUCUCCAGGGCAUUGUCUCAAAGGGGGAUUGCGAAGAAUAUUCUGGUGAUUGCUAAGGCUCGUGUACCAAUCAUCAAGUUUGUCGAGAAGAAAAGCAGUAUUUCAUUUGAUCUAAGUUUUGAUAUGGAGAAUGGACCAAAGGCAGCUGAGUUUAUACAGGAUGCUGUAUUAAGGCUGCCUCCUCUACGACCAUUAUGUCUAAUCUUGAAAGUAUUUCUACAGCAGAGAGAACUCAAUGAGGUGUACAGUGGUGGAAUUGGUUCGUAUGCACUUCUCGCAAUGCUCAUUUCAUUUCUCAAGUACCUCAAAGAUGGUCGAAGCCCACCAGAGCAUAACUUGGGAGUUCUAUUGGUCAAGUUCUUCGAUUUUUACGGGCGUAAAUUAAACACCGCAGAUGUUGGUGUAUCUUGCAAGAGAGGAGGUUCCUUCUUUUCAAAGUCCAACAAAGGUUUCUGGAACCCAGCUCGGCCAGGGCUCAUCUCUAUCGAGGAUCCACAGACACCAGAGAAUGACAUUGGCAAGAGCUCAUUCAACUACUUUCAGAUUCGAUCAGCCUUUGCAAUGGCUUUAUCUACUUUAACAAACGCAAAAUCCAUCCUAGCGUUAGGACCAAACCGAAGCAUCCUCGGCACGAUAAUCAGACCGGACCGGACUCUGUUAGAGCGCAAAGGAGGGAAGAACGGUGACGUGACUUUCAACAGCCUGCUUCCCGGAGCAGGAGAGCCGUUGCCGAUGCAGGGUAACGAAAACGGGCUAUUCUGCAACUGGGAUCUCGGCGAGGAAGAGGAAGAAGGUUCGUUCCCGAGAACUCCUCUAGUUGUAGAGACUCCUGGUAGCAAGACGAAAGAGUCUUCUCGGAAGAAGAAGAAGAAGAGCAGCAAGAAGAAGAUGGUGGUGGUUUCUGAUGAUGAUGAAGAGGAGGAGAAAGAAACGAGUUCCAAGAAGAGACGACGGAAGAACAAGGCCAAGAAUGGAAAGAAGGCGGCGGCGGCCGGCAAUGAUCUCUCCGACUCCGCCUUCUCCUUCGCGAUUUCCGAGGUUUUUUUAUCAAUCGUCGUCGUCUUCAUUUCAUCUCUUUCGAUACGGAUAUUCAUGGAAGGAACCUUCUUCAGAUUUGAUCAUGGUGAUGGUUACGUACUAACACAAAAGCCGCCAAAUCUCGUCACUCUCCCAACGGAGGAGCUACACUCUGACGAUCAUGGCUGUUUCGACUGCAACAUCUGCCUAGACACGGCGCAUGAUCCAGUCGUCACUCUCUGCGGACAUCUCUUUUGCUGGCCUUGCAUUUACAGAUGGCUAGACGUUCAGAAAUCUUCCCCUGUCUCCAUCAUCCAACACCAAAACUGCCCUGUUUGCAAAUCCAACAUCUCCAUCGGCUCGUUAGUUCCUCUCUACGGAAGAGGCAUGACUUCUUCUUCUUCUUCUUCAGAAGCUACGAUGAUACCCAAAAGACCCACUUCGUCCCCUUUAAACAACCUUAUCCAUUCAGCUUCAUCUCUCAACCCGAGCUUGCACCAUCACCAUCAUCAUCAUCAUCACCAUCAAGGUCAGUCUCCUCGUCACUUCACUGCGACGGAGUCAUCGACUGAUCUAGCCAAUGCAGUCAUGAUGAGUUUCUUGUACCCUGUGAUUGGAAUGUUUGGGGACAUGGUUUACGCGAGGAUGUUUGGAACGUUUACGAAUGCUGCUUUGGCUCAUCCUUACGAAAACGCGCGGCGGUCCAUCAUCAGUGGGAGCAGCAAUCAGAGGAUGUUGCAGGUAGAGAAAUAUAUGCAUCGGGUAUCGAUCUUCUUCCUCUGCUGCAUUCUCCUCUGCCUCUUUUUGUUCUGA